CUAUUAUUAUUAAUUUUAUUUUUCCUCCCCAAUCUCUUCUUCUUUUUGCAUCCACUGAUUCUGCGUUCUUUGUUUUGUGGAAUCAAAGCUUCGCCGUUGACCAUGAUUCUCCGGUCAGUAUUGGUCUUGGUUCUGUUGGUGGGGGUUUUAUUCCGUGCAUCGCAAUCUUUGCGUUUCGAUCUGCAAUCGGGACAAACUAAAUGCAUCGCCGAAGACAUCAAGAGCAAUUCAAUGACUGUCGGAAAGUACCACGUUGUUAAACCUAACGAAGAUCAUCCUUUGCCCGAUUCUCACAAGCUCACCGUCAGGGUAACGUCUUCGUAUGGGAAUAAUUUUCACUCGGCAGAAAAGGUGGAGAAUGGGCAGUUUGCAUUCACGGCGACGGAGCAAGGUGAUUACAUGGCUUGCUUUUGGGCGCCGGAGCAUUCGCCGCCGAUCACGGUCACCGUUGAUUUCGAUUGGAGGACUGGAGUCCACACCAAGGACUGGACUAACGUUGCCAAGAAAGGCCAAGUCGAUGCGAUGGAACUUGAGCUGAAGAAUCUGCAUGAUACCAUUCAAUCCAUUCAUGAGGAAAUGUUUUAUUUGCGUGAGAGAGAAGAAGAAAUGCAGGAACUGAACAAAGCUACAACCUCCAAAAUGUUCUGGUUGUCGUUCCUCUCACUGUUUCUUUGCCUAUCAGUAGCGGGAUUACAAUUUUGGCAUUUGAAAACUUUCUUCGAGAAGAAGAAGCUUAUUUAAGUUCGUAAGACCAUAGGUUUUUUUCCCUGUACUGUUACAAAAUAUUUUGACAAAAAUAAUUUUCUAGGUCUCAUAGCUGGAAUGGGUCUGUGUCAUGUGAAAUGUGUAAUAUCUUUGUGGCUACCUUCUAUAAUGGAUGAAGUUUGGGGAGAGAGUGAGGUAAGGGGAUACAAAAUGACAAGCUUGGUAGUUGUUAUUAUUACCUAUGUUAUUCAUACUCUUCAUUUUUUUUAAAGCAUUUAUAUCUAACACA